AAUUGUCGAAUUUAAGGCACAAAAACACAGCUGGAAAACGAAAACAAAAACAAGAACCUCCUCUAAAAUGGAAUAAAAAUAAGACAGACGUCUGUUUCUUAAAAAAAAUGUUCCUCCUCAAGGUUUAUAUGACGUAGAAGUGAAUGGAAAGCCUAAAGGAAGGCGAGUAAAUGGAAGAAGAUAAAAGAUAAGACUGGUUUUAAGGACAACGAUUCAGUAUGUCAGAGGAGGAGCCAGACAAAGUUGAAAAGACUGCCCUUGCCUUCGAUGACUUGGAAGACAUUCCAAGCAUCGACUGCGAAGACAGCCUUUCUGAUUCACUCCCAACAGUGAGAGAGGUUGUCCCUUCGAAGUCUACAAGGAGCAAUAUUGAAGCUGUAGAGAAGGAGGAGGAAACAGCAACAGAAGGGAGAGAUAAAGAAGUGGGACAGGAGGAGGAGCAAGAAGCAUGUAGUGGAGGAAAUUCUAGAGAUAAGCUAGAAGAGGGUACAGUGCAACCUGAAGAUAAGGGAAGUGGAAUCACAGAUAAGGCCAGGGUAGGAGAUGGAGCGACUGAUGAUCUGGAAUCAGCUGCUGUAACUCACACGUUCUCGUUCGCCCUACGGACGGAAUUAGGAGGGCCCCCUCACGCCACUCCAGGCCCACCAGAGCCAAUGGAUGGAGAGGAGGGAAGCAAGGAUCAGGCAUCCCAGGCCUCUUCAUCGCCCAAGGCCUCUGCCAAGACCAAGAGCAAAUCGAAGAAGUCUAAGGCAUCUCGUCUAGCUAAGGAAGAGAGGGACUCAGAUUCCUCGGUGUCCUCCCGGAAGAAGGGCCGUACUACCACCAAGACGCAAGUUAAGUGCAAGUUUGCACCUGGGGGACUAGAGUACAUUGAGGACUGUUUGCAAGGACGCUUCUUUUCGGGCUGGGUGGAGGAACGGCGCUGGGUGGAACACCUGGGAGGUUACAGGGAUGAGGUGCAGGUGGAUGAGUGGGAGGCGGAGCUUAAUGCGCAGCUCAAUGCCAUUGUCAGGAGCAUCCCAGGAGUGCUGGAAGGCACCAAGUGGAUCAACAUCACAGCUCCAUCAGCCACAGAGCUAUGCUACAGCCUUUGGGUGCUGCUUGGGGAAGCACCGAGCCCAGGACACUACUGGUUCACGGUGACGGGGGUGGCUGUCCAACCCCAAUUUGGCCUUCGCAUUUCCCUGAGGAUACUGAG